AUGAGUUCGGAGAGCGUGGGAUCGUGCGGCGACGGCGAGGGAGGAAGAGGGGGAGGAGGAAAGAGGGAGGGGAAUUACGAAAAUGCCCCUGAGGAGAGGGGGAAAUCCCCACGCGGGUCCCGGGAGGCGGGGGAGGGGGGCCCCGGGCCGUCCGAUCGUCGGGCGGGGAUCGACGGCCGAGAUUUCCCGGAGGUGGCGUGCGCGUGCGGGCGCGGCACGUGCGCGGUGCUCGUGUCGCGGACGGAGCGCAACCCCGGGAGGCCCUUCUACCGCUGCCCCGCCAAAUCGGCGAGCGAAAGGUGCAAGUUCUUUCUAUGGUGCGACAUGGCCGGUCCCAAUCAGCAGAAUGCUCACAACAGUAGCCCUGCGAAGCCCUACCAGCGGCGUGGUAUCGACAGCCCAGUGAAGCCCGUCGCGAAAAGCCCAACCAAGCACGUCCAGCUAAACGGUCCCGCGAAACCGACGACUCCUAUUUGCUCCUGCGGCGCCGGGCGAUGCAGCAUUCUGAUGAUGCAAAACGGCGUCAACUCGGGCCGCAAGUAUUAUGCCUGUGCUAUCAAGAAGGGCCAGGGAGCCUGCAAUCACUUCCAGUGGCUUGAUGAAAUCGCGGGAAAACCGCCCGAAACAGGAAAUGCCGAUUUAAACGAACUCAAGCUCAAGCUCGCGAGUUCUGAUCCUGUUUUGCAGGAUAACAAGAACAUCGGUGAAAACAAGGCCCCAAAAAUGAACUGCAACGGCGAAGCACACGAAAUCGACGAUGCCGCAUUAAUGCAGUUACCGCUGGACGAGCCGCCCGUCCUGCGAUCGCCGCCGGUCUCACCGAAGAGGCAACCCCAAGCGAGCGACGAAAUCCGAACUUCCCCGAUGAAAAGGCUCAGUUUACACGACGGCACACCGCCGGUCUCACCGAAGAGGCAACACCAAGCGAGCGACGAAAUCCGAACUUCCCCGAUGAAAAGGCUCAGCUUACACGACGGCGUGCCGAGCGUGCCGGGGAUCGGUAAAUGCUACCGAUGCGGCCGCGAAGGACACUGGAUGGCCGAGUGCGCCUCGCCUGCAGUCAGUCCCUGCUUCCAGUGCGGCAAGCCCGGGCACUGGAAGAAAGACUGCCCCGAGUUUCGCUGACUCUGAUCUUCAGCUAGUUUUGCCCUAAGUUUAUUGUCAAAAAAACAUAUUGUUCAUGCUAUAAGUGGCUAAUGUUAUGUGUGUUUCUGUGAUUUAACUCUUCCUUACUGGAAUAGUGGGAGAACUUCUAUUGUUAUA